AUGGAAAAAGAUGAUUUAAUCUACUUAAUCAAGGCCUACAUCAGUUCCAACAGGCCUAAUGAAGCAAUUUCAUCUAUGAAAGAGCUCAUUGAAAUUUCUCCUGAUCUUAAUCGCGAAGAAUAUCAAAUUUUUCAAGUUGUUUAUAAACAAAUAUGCGAUGCAUAUAGAGAAACACUCAGAACAUUAUCGUUAUAUUUAGAUGUUGAAAAAGGCGUUGGCCGUCUAGAAAUCGUCAAAGUUUUAGAAGAUAAGAAAAACGAUAUCAUUAGCAAUCUUAUAUCUUUUUGCAAAGAGGCUAUUGAAAUAAUGGAUACCACACUAAUCCCAGAAUGUUCAUCUAUAGAAAAUCCAGAAAUGGCAAAAGCAUUUUACAUAAAAUUCAAAGCAGAUUUAUACAGAUAUAUUUCGGAGUUUUCUGAUGAAACUGAGUCUCUCGCUGCACUUAAAAGUGCUGAAGACUAUUACAAUGAAGCUCUCGACAUUGCUUCAAGAUGUAUGAUAAAAUCACACCCAAUUUAUCUUUCAAUCCUCUUAAAUGCAGCAGUAUUUCAAUACGAGCAGAAGCAUGAUAUGUCUCUUGCUAAAUCGCUUUGCUUGGAAGGUAUCCAGAGUUUAGAUGAAGAUUUUCAGACUUUGGAUGAAACUGAUCAAGAAUCUUCAAGACAAAUGGUUACAUAUAUGCGCAGAAAUAUAUACAGCUGGAAUAGUAAUGAAGAAGAAGAACAGCAGGCUGAAUGA